AUGCGGCUUGCCACUCACGAUACGAGGACUCUGUCCAACCGAUGUUGGUGGUUCGUACCACUGAUCUAUUUCAACACGGUUUGGCCAGAGUUGUCCACCUACGGUUCUUCCUUCUGCCGCACUUGCUUCACCUUUUGUCUUUUCCAGCUAUUUUUGUCAAUCUCCAGUGUGCUUCUCCUUGUCCCUCACGCACAGGGUAUUGUCGUUCCCUUCGCCCCGGAACGCACGUCGCCUUAA